AUGAGCGAACAACUGAAAUUCGUCGUGGAACAGCUGAACAGAGACCCCUUCAAAAAGAACCUUAAUCUCAUCACAUUUGAUUCACUGGAGCCAAUACAACUGUUGCAGAUUCUAAACGAUGUUUUGGCCGAAAUCGACCCCAAGCAAGCCAUCGAUAUUCGAGAAGAAAUGCCGGAUCAGACGGCCAAGAGGAUGUUUACCAUGUUGGGGGUGUUAAAAUACCGCCCCCCUGGAAAUGUCUCUGAAAUGAGCAGUUUUCGGCAAGGUUUAGUGACAGGCAGUAAGCCUGUGGUUCACCCCAUUCUGUACUGGCUUCUCCAGAGGCUUCCAGAACUGAAGAAGAGGGCCUACCUGGCCCGUUUCCUCGUCAAGAUAGAUGUACCUGCUGAGUUCCUCCAAGAUGAUGUCAUUGCAGAUACCUACCACCAGUAUGAGGAGCUGGUAGAAGGAUUUAAGAAUUACCAUAAAGAAUGUGAGCAGCUGAAAAGUUCUGGAUUCUCCACCGCAGAGAUAAGACGGGAUAUUGGGGCAAUGGAAGAGGAGAAGGACCAGCUGAUCAAACGUGUUGAGCGUCUGAGGAAACGGGUGGAGUCUGUGUCCAACCACCAGCGUAUGCUGGAGUUAGCCAGGCAGCUACGAGUGGAAAAGGAGCGAGAGGAGGCCCUGGCUAAUCAGAAACAAGAGCAGAAAAAACAGCUGUUCCAGGCAGAGCAAAGAUUGCAGAGAUCGCAGAUGCAGCUGAAAGAUUUGCAACAGGCAGCAGCAGAUGCCAAACCAGAGAGUAUAAUGAACAGGCUGCAGGAGGAAAUCAAGUUUAACUCCUAUAUGGUGAUGGAUAAACUGCCCAAGGAGCUGGAGAGCAAGAGGCGUCUGGUCCAGUACCUUCAGAAGGUGGUGGCAGAGCCAGUCAUGGGUGACGCUGAGCUGGGAGAGAUUGAGAAGAAGAUUCAGGAAACCAACCUUCAGAUUAAUCAGCUGAUUGAGAAGCGAAUGAUGAGGAACGAUCCCAUGGAUGACAAACUGUCUCUGUUCCGACAGCAGGCCUCUAUCAUCACACGCAAAAAGGAGGCAAAGGCGGAGGAGGUGCAGGAGGCACGGGAGGAGCUAGCUGCUGCAGAGAGGGAGCUGUCCAUGAGGAGCAACCAGGCAAAGGACCUGAGUGGAGAGGAGCUCAUUCACGGAGAUGAGUUCAAGCGCUACGUUGCCAAAAUGCGUGGGAAGAAUAGCGUGUAUAAGAAGAGGCGGCAGGAGAUUGCUGAGCUGAGAGCAGAGUACGGAGUUCUGCAGAGAACCGAGUCGAUCCUCAAACAGCGACACGAGGCUGGACAGCAGCAGCUGCAAUUGUUGGAGACCAAGAAAGGGAUCUCAGGAUACAGUGACACUCAAGAGGAGCUGGAGAAGGUUUCGGCCAUAAAGAGCGAACUGGACGAGAUGAAGGGACGCACGCUGGACGACAUGUCCGAAAUGGUGAAGAAGCUCAAUUCUGUGAUAAUAGAGAAAAAGUCGGCUCUAGCUCCACUCAUAAAGGAACUCAGGCCCCUGAGACAACAGUGCCAGGAACUCACUCAAGAAUAUGAGACCAAGAAAGCCCAGUAUGACACUUUUGCUGCAGGUCUGGAAAGCAACCGGUCCAAACUGGAACAGGAAGUGAGAACACUGAGGGAGGAGAUCACUCAGCAGGAAAACAAAUACCACCAGGUCAACUGCAUGAAAGAGAUCAUUCAGAUGCAGAUGCAGCGUGUGGCAGACGAGAUGAAGGCCUAUGUUUCUCCUGACCCACAGGAGCGGAAGAAGGCCAUCAGAGAGCAAUAUAUGAAGAACAUUGCAGAACAGGAGUCACUGGGAAAGAAGUUACGUGAGCAGCAGAAGCUGGUGCGAGAGAGCCAUGGACCCAACAUGAAGCAAGUGAAGAUGUGGCGAGACCUGGAGCAGCUGAUGGAAUGCAAACGGCAAUGUUUCCUGAGAGCUCAAAGCCAGACCUCCAUUGGCCAGGUCAUCCAGGAGGCCGGAGAGGAUAGGCUGAUUCUGUAAUGGAGCUGGCCCAGCCAAUCACAGCCUUUUAUUACACUUCAUUAGUGAAACAAUGUCAUUCAGUCUCCACUGGGUGU